AUGCCCAAAGACACUAUAGAAAUGAGUCGAAAUGGCGAAUAUUUAGAUAAUAUAGAGAAUGGGGGCCAAGAUGGAGAAUCUGACUUCCCACAGGAAGUGAUAGAAAUUUUGACGGAUGACGAGGAUGAUAAUCGUGAUUCAGGCUCCGGUAGCAAUAACCUCACGAAUAAUAAUGAACCCUUCAUAAUUGGGGACCACAAUGACGAUGAUGACAUACAAAUAACAGGGGCAAAUACUAUGAAUUCUGGUGAUAGGGCACCCAGAAGAAUACGACGCCGCAAUCAUUCAACAUCUAUAAAUGAAUCGAGAAAUAUUAGAAGGCGGCCUAAUGAAGAAGAAGAUGAUAUUCAAAUUAUUGACGAACGUCCAGCGGAAAGAACGCUCAUUCCGCCGCUUGAUAUGCUCCCUAGUUUUGCCCCCGAUAGUCUUCGUCGAAGAGUACAAGGAAUUGAAACUCCAGUGGGAGUAUUUCAAUCUUAUGAGGAUAGUAGUACGCCUUUCUCUGGGUCUGAAAGUGAACGUAGCAACAGAUAUACAGAGCCACCCCGCCGAAUUCCCACGAGAUCAAGGAGGGCCAGGAGAAUAAGACCCCCAAGAUCCAAUGAUUUUAUAGCAUUAGACCAUUUUGUUUUCUCACAGCAACUAUAUCACAAUCUAUAUGGCGAUUGGAAUGGUCUUGAAGAUCUUCCUAAUGCAGAUGCCGUUGAAGGAUCUGUGAUGGCGAGAAUCGAAAGGGACAAUGAGAAUGCAGUUGAUCAGAGGUUACAGAACGAGAAUAUAUUCAACAGGGUUGCAUUAAAAAGCAAGAAAGAUAUUGCAGAGAAUGAAUUGCCUGGUUACACUAAUGACAUUAAACCCGACACAAAUAUAUGUUGUGAUUUAUGUGGAAUAAUUUUAGGCGAAGGUAUUCCCGAUUAUUUCAAGCCCAAUUUGUACUAUAAUGAAGAUGAUAAUUUUAAGAAAUUUUGUGAAGACUACAAAGUGCAAGCACCUUGGUUCUGCAUUAAACAGUGCUUACCAUCUGAUGUUGACUUAUCAAAGCGGGUAUUUGUUGCAAAAUGUGGUCAUGUAUACUGUGGAAGGUGUGUAAAGAACAUAGGGAACAGGCCUUCCGGACGGAGAAAACAAAAUCAAAAGAUAACGAUCGAUAACCCUUUGGUGUAUGCACCAAGAAAGUGUACAAAUUCUGAAUGCAAUCUGUCUUUCACCGGUAAAAAGUCAUUCACAGAAUUGUAUUUCUAA